CACCUCUCAACCUUUGAUCAUCAUUUACUUCAUUCCCCCACAGCAUCCGAAAGCAAUUGGUUCUUCUACUCUGUAGAAACAGCUCAGCCAAGAAGACCUGUUCGUUCUCCUAUUCAGGCCACGCUUUAUCAUCCUCCAUAUCCCACCUACCUCUCUCCCAUUACAACCACAUCAUGGCCGACCGGUUCCCUUCACUGGAUGAAUUAGGAGAUCAGCCCGUGCCAACCAGCGGCAAUGGGGCUGCUCCGGCCGCUGAUAGUGAAGACUUCUUAGCUCGCGAACGUGCUGCUCUGGGAGACGAUGCAGACCAAUUUAUUUCAGCAAAUGACCAUAUCAAAUCCCCUACAGUUGAAGAUGAUGGGGGCGAUCUUCUUGGUGGAGGUGAAAUCCAGCAUGCUGAGGCAGACACCACGGGCUUUGAGUCUUCAUUCCCAGCUCUAGAAUCACAUAAUGAGCAAGUCGCUCCUGGCGGAACCAUCACGGGCCCAGACAGCUUCCAGCCAUCAUACUCCUCGUACCAAAAACCCGAAGAAGAACCAGAAGCCGUUCGUGAAUGGCGCACGAAGCGAGACGAAGAACUCAACCGCCGCGCGGCCAUCUCUGCCGAACGCAAAGCUGCGACCAUCAAAAAGGCCCAGGAAGACAUCGACGACUACUACGAAUCAUACAACAAACGCACCGACAAGGCCAAAGAGCGCACCCGCACCGAGGCCGAAGAGUUCCUUGAAAACCGCGAAGAUACGUCCGCCGGCGGCACUAGUUGGGAGCGGAUCGCCAAACUGGUGGAUAUCAGUGGAAAAGGGUUGAAAGGCGGUGCGAGCGGAUCCGGCAAAGAGCGGUUUAGGGAGCUGUUGCUGGAACUGAAAAAGGAUCAAAAUGCUCCGGGGGCUAACGGGAUCUGAACACUUUCAGUGAACACUUCUAUUUUUUUUCUUUUACCGUAAAAACCCCUUUCAAUGUUGCCAUUGAGAAGACUCUUUGUGGAGAGCUGGUUCUUGGGGCAUCAUUGUCUCCCCACGGUCAUGUGUAACUUUAGAGAUUCUAACCUAU